UACAGAAGAGGGACAGAUACCGAGAAUGACACCCGGCAUCCAGGACAGGAGAAGUGGGACUGUGCAGAGUCCAUACAUACAGAAUGGGGACAGAUACCGAGAAUGACACCCGCAUCCAGGACAGGAGAAGUGGGACUGUGCAGAGUCCAUACAUACAGAAUGGGGACAGAUACCGAGAAUGACACCCGGCAUCCGGGACAGGAGAAGUGGGACUGUGCAGAGUCCAUACAUACAGAAUGGGGACAGAUACCGAGAAUGACACCCGGCAUCCAGGACAGGAGAAGUGGGACUGUGCAGAGUCCAUACAUACAGAAUGGGGACAGAUACCGAGAAUGACACCCGCAUCCAGGACAGGAGAAGUGGGACUGUGCAGAGUCCAUACAUACAGAAUGGGGACAGAUACUGAGAAUGACACCCGGCAUCCAGGACAGGAGAAGUGGGACUGUGCAGAGUCCAUACAUACAGAAUGGGGACAGAUACUGAGAAUGACACCCGGCAUCCAGGACAGGAGAAGUGGGACUGUGCAGAGUCCAUACAUACAGAAUAGGGACAGAUACCGAGAAUGACACCCGGCAU